AUGUCUCGAAGAGAACGAACCAAAAGAGGACGUUGGGAAACAUAUAAUCCUGAGUUCAACACAGAAGAAGGACAGUACUCAAACAGCAGUGUCGAUAAGGCAACGUCCAAAGAUCCCGCUGCUCCAAUACCAAAAGCAGCUUCACAAAACUUAAGUUCUGAGCCUGUGGGAGUUUCGACCGAUGAGUUUGGUGCAAAGGAUUACAGGAGGGAUAUGCCCCUUAAAAAUGAUUAUAACUCUCGGCCUUUGUGGGUAGCUCCUGACGGACAUAUUUUCCUGGAAUCUUUCAGUCCGGUGUAUAAGCAUGCUCGUGAUUUUCUCAUUGCUAUAUCAGAGCCUGUUUGUCGUCCCGAGUUCAUCCAUGAGUACCAGCUUACAGCUUAUUCUUUAUAUGCCGCAGUAUCUGUGGGACUACAAACAAAUGACAUUAUAGAAUACUUGGAAAGAUUGAGCAAGUCUACCUUGCCCAAAGGAAUUGUAGAAUUUAUAAAGAUGUGUACACUUAGUUAUGGUAAAGUUAAGUUAGUUCUCAAACACAAUCGGUAUUUCGUUGAAUCGAGACAUUCCGACGUUAUCCAGAAGUUGUUGAAAGACUCCGUAAUUCAAUCAUGUAUCCUAGAAGCUAAGAAACCUGUUGAGCAGGAGCAGAUCACCGUAGAAAAAAUUCGCUUCCCUAAUGAGCAGACAAAGGAGAAUGAAGCUAAGUCAGAUGAAGUUCCUGAAGAUAUUGAUCAGUUAUAUGGAAAAUUGGAUGGUGAUGACGAAGAUGAUGCUGAAAUCCGCAGUCUUCAAUUACUAACGUUCGAAAUCAAGCAGGAGUCUAUUGAAACUGUACAAAAAAGAUGCAUCGAGCUGGAAUACCCUCUGCUUGCUGAAUAUGAUUUUCGUAACGAUACUCUUAACCCAAAUUUGGGAAUCGAUCUCAAACCAUCAACUACACUCCGUCCUUACCAAGAAAAAAGUUUGAGGAAAAUGUUCGGUAACUGUCGUGCUAGAUCUGGAGUCAUUGUACUACCUUGCGGUGCGGGUAAAACACUUGUUGGUGUAACUGCCGUAACAACUGUGAAUAAACGUUGUUUGGUUCUUGCUAAUUCCAAUGUGUCUGUAGAACAGUGGAGGGCUCAAUUUAAGUUAUGGUCAACAAUUGGCGACAAGCAAGUUCUGAAAUUCACACGUGAAAGUAAAGCACCGAUUCCAACGGGUCCAGAAGCAAAAAAGCCUGUGGUAUGUAUCAGCACAUAUUCUAUGGUUGCUUAUGCCGGUAAAAGAACUUAUCAAGCUGAAGAAGCAAUGAAGUUCAUUGAAAGUCAGGAAUGGGGUCUACUCUUGUUAGAUGAAGUACAUACUAUCCCCGCGAAAAUGUUCAGAAGAGUUCUAACAAUCGUCCAGGCUCAUUGCAAGUUAGGGUUAACAGCCACCUUGGUUCGAGAAGAUGACAAAAUUACCGAUUUGAACUUCUUGAUUGGACCCAAAAUAUACGAAGCAAAUUGGAUGGAACUUCAAAAAGCUGGCCAUAUUGCUAAAGUACAGUGUGCUGAAGUGUGGUGUCCAAUGACAUCAGAAUUUUAUUCCUAUUACUUGAGAGCUCAAAUAGCACGUAGACUUCUCCUAGCUGUUAUGAAUCCUAAUAAGUUCCGAAUUUGUCAGUUCCUAAUCAAAUACCACGAGAGGAGAAACGAUAAAAUUAUUGUUUUCUCUGAUAACGUCUUCGCGUUGAGAAGAUAUGCCAUUGAGAUGAACAAGCCAUUCCUUUAUGGUGAAACCACUCAGAAUGAGCGUAUGAAAAUUUUGCAGAAUUUCCAGCAUAAUCCAAAAGUAAACACGAUUUUUGUGUCAAAGGUUGCUGAUACAUCUUUCGAUUUACCCGAGGCAAAUGUCCUCAUUCAAAUCUCAGCUCACGGAGGAUCUCGUCGCCAGGAAGCUCAAAGAUUGGGUAGAAUUUUGAGAGCCAAGAAACAUUCAAGUGAUGCUUUCAAUGCAUUCUUCUACUCUUUGGUUUCACAAGAUACAGUUGAAAUGGGGUAUUCAAGAAAACGUCAAAGAUUCUUGGUCAACCAAGGUUAUGCUUAUAAGGUUGUAAAUCGUUUCCCGGGUAUGGAAAAAGAGGACUUGAAGCUGUCAACAAAGCAAGAUCAGUUACAACUUCUUCAACAAGUGUUGGCUGCUUCUGAUGCUGAUGCCGAAGAAGAAGAUAUCAAAGAAGAGCUUGCUGAUGGAACCAUCAAAGUCAGCCGCAGAGAAACACCAAUGGGCUCUGUUUCUGGAGGUUCUGGUGUUUCUUAUUCCAACAAAACCAAAGUGCAAGCUCUUGCUGAACGUCAUCCUCUUUUCAAGCGAUUCAGAGCAAAAUAG